AUGCCCAUCAACGCCGCCGCCAACAAGGGCGAAGUGGAGUUCGGCUCGCUGAAGUACUACGGCCUGUGCGGCUUCGCCGGCAUCCUCAGCUGCGGCAUCACCCACACCGCGCUGACGCCGCUCGAUCUGGUGAAGUGCCGCAUCCAGGUGGACCCGGCCAAGUACAAGAGCAUCGCCAAUGGCUUCAAGGUGACCAUGGCGGAGGAGGGCGUGCGCGGCCUGGUNACCAUGCCCAUCAACGCCGCUGCCAACAAGGGCGAAGUGGAGUUCGGCUCGCUGAAGUACUACGGCCUGUGCGGCUUCGCCGGCAUCCUCAGCUGCGGCAUCACCCACACCGCGCUGACGCCGCUCGAUCUGGUGAAGUGCCGCAUCCAGGUGGACCCGGCCAAGUACAAGAGCAUCGCCAAUGGCUUCAAGGUGACCAUGGCGGAGGAGGGCGUGCGCGGCCUGGGUCGCGGCUGGGCGCCCACCGCCAUCGGCUACUCGCUGCAGGGCCUGGGCAAGUUUGGCUUCUACGAGCUCUUCAAGAUCAUGUACAGCAAUGCGAUCGGCGACGAGAACACCUACCUCUACCGAACGUCGCUCUACCUGGCCGCCUCCGCCUCCGCGGAGUUCUUCGCCGACAUUGCCCUCUGCCCGCUGGAGGCGUGCAAGGUGCGGGCGCAGACGCAGCCCGGCUGCUCGCCGCUGCUGCGCGUCGUCGCCCCUCAGAUCUACCGCUCGGAAGGUCUCUCGGGCUUCUACAAGGGCCUGGUGCCGCUGUGGAUGCGCCAGAUUCCCUACACGAUGAUGAAGUUCGCCUGCUUCGAGCGCACCGUGGAGCUGCUGUACAAGCACGUGGUGCCGAAGCCGCGCGCCCAGUGCAACAAGGCGGAGCAGCUGACGGUGACCUUCGCCGCCGGCUACAUCGCCGGCGUCUUCUGCGCCGUCGUCUCCCACCCGGCGGACACCGUGGUCUCGAAGCUGAACCAGGACAAGGGCAGCACCGCCGGACAGGUGCUCAAGAAGCUGGGACCGGCUGGCGUGUGGAAGGGCCUCACUCCGCGUAUCAUCAUGAUCGGCACGCUGACCGCCCUGCAAUGGUUCAUCUACGACGCCGCCAAGGUGUACCUGAACCUGCCGCGCCCGCCGCCGCCGGAGAUGCCCGAGAGUCUGAAGAAGAAGCUCGAGGCGGCGCAGCAGAAGAGCUAG